AUGACAAAUAGUUUAACAUUUAAUUCAUAUGAAAAUGAUGAUGACGACAAACAUUUAUUAGAUAAUUAUCAAUAUUUAGCUGAGCGACGAUGUUUAAAACAACGUUUAUAUCAUACACCACUUACAUUAAGACGAAGUAUAUCACUUGAAGAUAGUUCAACUGAUAUUGACUUUAAUUUAUUAGAAAAACAAAAAGAUAAAUAUUCAUUAAAUUUAUCUCAAUCACAAAAUAAUCAAUUAAGUUCUUCAUUAAAUUCUCUUUGUCUUAAACUUCGACGAUAUCAAUUAUUACCUGAAUAUAAUGAAGAUAUUGCCAAAUCAUCAGAUCAACAUGAUUUUAAUUGGUGGAGAACAGCUGCUCAUUUAAGACCUAUUUUACAAAAAAUAAUUAUGAAACCGCCUAAAUUUAGUCAAAUAUCACUGGACGAAUGGACUACUCUGUUUGAAAAAAAGCGAAGAAAGGUAUAA